AUGUCCCAGCCGUCCCCAGCUGAUGAAGGCCCCACAUUUGAGCACCUCUGGAGCUCGCUGGAACCAGACAGCACCUACUUCGACCUGCCUCCAGCCAACCCCAGCAGCAGCAAUGAGGUCUCCAACAGCACAGAGGUCACCAUGGACGUGUUCCAGAUGAGAGGCAUGACUGACUCGUCCCAGUUCAAUUUGCUCAACAGCAGCAUGGAUCAGAGCAUCGGCAGCAGAGCAGCCUCCACCAGCCCCUACAGCUCCGAGCACACCUCCAAUGUCCCAACGCACUCGCCCUACUCGCAGCCCAGCUCUACCUUCGAGGCCAUGUCCCCGGCGCCCGUCAUCCCCUCCAACACCGACUACCCCGGUCCCCACCACUUCGAGGUGACCUUCCAGCAAUCCAGCACCGCCAAAUCGGCCACCUGGACCUACUCCCCGCUGCUGAAGAAGCUCUACUGUCAGAUCGCCAAGACAUGCCCCAUCCAGAUCAAGGUGUCCACCUCACCUCCCCCGGGCACCAUCAUCCGGGCCAUGCCCGUCUACAAGAAGGCAGAGCACGUCACCGAGGUGGUGAAACGCUGUCCCAACCACGAGCUGGGCCGUGACUUCAACGACGGCCAGUCAGCCCCUGCCAGCCACCUCAUCCGGGUGGAAGGCAACAACCUGUCCCAGUACGUGGAUGACCCAGUGACGGGGCGGCAGAGCGUGAUGGUGCCCUACGAGCCCCCUCAGGUGGGGACCGAGUUCACCACCAUCCUGUACAACUUCAUGUGCAACAGCAGCUGCGUGGGAGGGAUGAACAGGAGGCCCAUCCUCAUCAUCAUCACCUUGGAGACGAGAGACGGGCAGGUCCUGGGGAGGAGAUCCUUCGAGGGGCGGAUCUGUGCCUGUCCUGGCAGGGACAGGAAAGCUGAUGAAGAUCAUUUCCGAGAGCAGCAAGCCCUGAAUGAGAGCACGGCCAAGAACGGCAACGCCAACAAGCGCACCUUCAAGCAGAGCCCCCAGGGCAUCCCAGCGCUGGGCACUGGCAUUAAGAAACGGAGGCACGGGGAGGAGGAGAUGUACUAUGUGCCUGUGCGAGGCCGGGAGAACUUUGAGAUCCUGAUGAAGAUAAAGGAGAGCCUGGAGCUGGUGGAGCUGGUCCCACAGCAGCUGGUGGAUUCCUACCGGCAGCAGCAGCAGCAGCUCCAUCAGAGGCAGAGCCAGCUGCAGACACCUUCCUCCUACGGCCCCGUCCUUUCCCCCAUGAACAAAGUGCACGGAGGAGGGAUCAACAAGCUGCCCUCUGUGAACCAGCUGGUGGGACAGCCUGCCCAGCACGGCUCCAGCUCUGCACCCGGCCUGGGCCCCAUGGGACCUGGAAUGCUGAACAGCCACCCCAUGCAGAGCAAUGGAGAAAUGAACGGGGGCCACUCCUCCCAGCCCAUGGUGUCGGGGUCCCACUGCACCCCCCCUCCACCCUACAACGCUGACCCCAGCCUCGUCAGUUUUUUAACAGGAUUGGGGUGUCCAAACUGCAUCGACUAUUUCACCUCACAAGGGUUACAGAAUAUUUACCACCUGCAGAACCUAUCCAUAGAGGAUCUCGCAGCACUGAAGAUCCCGGAGCAGUACCGCAUGAUCAUCUGGCGGGGCCUGCAGGAGCUCAAGCAGAGCCACGACUACGGGGCCCAGCAGCUGAUCCGCUCCAGCAGCAGCAACGCCUCCACCAUCUCCAUCGGCAGCUCGGGCGAGCUGCAGCGGCAGCGGGUGAUGGAGGCCGUGCACUUCCGCGUGCGCCACACCAUCACCAUCCCCAACCGCGGCACCGCCGACGACUGGGCCGACUUCGGCUUCGACCUGCCGGACUGCAAAUCCCGCAAACAGUCCAUAAAGGAGGAGUUCACGGAGGGAGAGAUCAACUGAGGGGCUCCGGAUGCUGGCGGGGUGAUAAACCCCCCUCCACCCCCUCAAAAAUGUGUUUGCAGCCUUGGGCACCUGGAGAAGUUUAAGUUUGUUACAGCCAGGGGAACUGCGGGCCCUGAGCCAGGCAGGAGGUGCCUGCCUGGGGAGGAAACUGGAGGUGAGGAGGAGGAGGAAGGAAAGGAGGAGGGCAGCCGAGCCAGCUCAGCAGCCAGAGUGGGGUUUCUGCGUGCCCAUGGCACAGGAGGCACUGUGUGGUUUGUGUUUUCCUGGAGCAUCCCUCCAUCCAGCAGUGUAAGGACAGCACGUUUUUCUCAUCCCUGCUUGCCGUCCGUGCUCUUCGUGGUGUCCCAGACUGAGAGGGCUUUGCCACUGCAACAGACUCAGCCCUGACCUGACCUGUGCAGGGACUGGUGUGAAGCCACAUCCUGCAUUUCCAUGGACUGCCAAAUGCACCCCUUCCCUCAGCAGAGUCAGAAAAACCCUGUUUGUCCAUUACCAAUGUGUUCUUGUACUUAAAAGUUGGUGUAUAUAAACAGAAUGUACAUACAGUAAACUCGCUGUGCUGUAAGGAGAAAGAUUUAUUUUCAUGUAAGCUAUAAAAAUUGAUACUGACUCCUGAGACACUGCAGUGUCAUG